UCUCUCUAUUACUCUCUUUAUCUCUCUAAGAAACCAGAGAAAAAAGACAAACUAUCUCUCUUUCUCUCUGUUCCUCUCUUUAUCUCUCUAAGAAACCAGAGAAGAAAAGACAAAAUCUCUCUUAUCUCUUUCUCUCUAAGAAACAAGAAGAGAAGAGACCAAACAAAUGGAAGAGUUGGGUUCUAUUUGGUUUUACCAAGAGAGUAUGGAUGAAUUAAGACAAAAGCUUCAAUAUAGUUCCUUUGAACUCGAAGCCGUGAAAGCAAAAGCUAAUGAAGAAACAAAACUUCACCAAGAAGAAGUGAAGAAUCUUCUUCAUCUUCUCAAACUUGCUCGUCAAGAAAGAGACGAAGCUAAAGAUCAAUUACAAAAACUUCUCACAAUCAAAACAAAUUCAAGCAUAACCGAGUCAAACUCUCACGGUUCUUCACCGGUUGACUCGUUCUUCGAACCGGUCUCAUCCUCGGAAUUCUCCAAUUUCAACAUGGUACCUGAACCGAUUAACCAAGUCAAAUUCAAGAACCGACAACAACUCGUUAACCGGAACUUGAAGAAGAUUGAUCCUGUGGAUGCUCUAAUGGAUGAGAUCAUAAAAGGUAAAGCUUUACCGGAGAAAGGGAAGCUUCUUCAAACUGUGAUGGAAUCUGGACCGUUGCUUCAAACACUUCUUGUUGCUGGUCCACUUCCACGGUGGCGUAAUCCUCCCCCGCUUCAACAGAGCUUUAGAGUCCCUCCGAUCUCUAACUCUUACGGUUGUUUACCGGCGACGACAACGACUUCAAUGCUGAAUUUUAGAGGUUGCUCUGUUCCUAGAAUUGCUACCGGAAUUGAAGUUGCAACUAAACGACAACGAUUUCAUUAGUGUUUUUGUUGUUACAAUUAUUUUUCUUUUAUUGCUCUGUUUUUUUUUUGGUUAUUUACUUAGUUAUUUGGAAUUAUAUUAUUGUAAAGAUUUAAAAAUCGUUUUUGGAGGGUUUAAGAGUUUGUGUGUAUAUUGGAGUAUAAACGAUUUGAGAUUCUGGAGUUUAGGUAUUCAUGAAUUAUACUUAUAUCAUCAUUGAUCCUGAUUCCAUAUAGUAUACCAUGUUCGAUUAAGUAGCUAAUUUUUGGAUAAUUU